GAUGGCGGAUGGCCAGCUCCGCGACUACUGCAGCGGGCGGAUGGCGAUCGCGGGGCUUGUUUACUCGGUGUUGAGUCGAGCCGAGGAGUCCGAGACGUGUCAUUGCGGCGUCCCGACGUCCGAAAGCCGUUGACUUAGAGGUGUAACGAGUCGAACAAUCUUUUCCAAGUUCAGCAGAGUGUAGUGGCCACUGACCCCUUCGAGAGCGGUGGGGCAGUUUACGCGGGAAGGAAGUGCGGGUGAGCACGUUUCGCCGACGUAAAGCCAGAAGCUUCGUGUUACGCUUACGUCUUCCUCUAGGAUAUCGUUCUCCGAGAACACUUUGCUAAGUAAGCUUCGCGCACGUCUAUCACGACUCCGUUAUCAGUCUGCCUUUAAGCGCUGAUUGGCCGUAAAAACGUAUACACUCCAGUUUGGACUUGAUGUAUAGGAAAACCAGAAAAGACAGUUGGGUUUCUUUGUUUGUAUAUUUCUCUUCCUACUGUACAAACGCGGGCAUUUCUGUGUGUAAAUAGUUGUAUUGUACUAAUAAGUAGUCGUUGCGUUCGUAUAAUUGUUGUUGUACAUACCUGUGAGUGGGAAAUCAUAAGCCAAUGGAUCAUCGUUGUGAGAAUUAACAUUUUGGAUGCUUUUGGAAGAAUCAAGCUGUAGUAUGAUUUCUAAAUUUCUACGUUGAAGAUGUUUUUAUUACAAGGAUUGUACCAAUGCUGAUGCAUAGAUUUGCCAACUGGACUAUUUAGGAUGUUCAACGAGUAAAAAAAACGGUCAAAUAAUGUCUAGUUCAUACAUUGUGGAGCCCCAGGAGGGUGCUUCCAAAAAAGAUGAUACCCUUAUCUUAAUGGUUAAUGACAACGGUGUCAUUUCUGUGGAUCAAGAUACAUUACAAAAUCUCAUACUCAAUCAGUCAAAUGCUAAUGUAAGUGUUGUGAGGUUAGGUCAAACUGAUAAUGAUGCUGCAGAAGGAAAUAUUACUUUGACUGUUGAUCCACCUCCGUUUGUAGCAUCAGAAUCAAAUGUUGCAAACUCAGCAGCCGAUCCAGCUGGAUUGGUUGAUCCUUUCAUGGAAAUGGAUCCUGAGCAGCUAGAAAGACUAGAAACUGCUCUACAAAGUGAAGAAGCCAAGCAAAUACUUGGUGAAAAUGUCACCGCUAUGCUUGAUAUGUUAACAGUGGAAGAGCAACAAAAUUCUAUAAGAUAUAGCAUAGAGUUAGAUCAUUGCUAUACCAGCAGAUUUUCUCCAUCACAACCUAAGCCUGCAGAUCCAUUGCCAGACAUGAGUUCAUCUGACAUGGAUGAUUCGAUGUGUCUAGAUUCUAACAAGUCUACAGUACCUAUGAUGUUGCCAGUAUCUUCCGCUAAUGUUAAUAAUACUUCAAUCACGCCUAUGAAACAGAAAGUGGCUUCGAUACCUCCAAAGAUAGUCAAACAGCCAGUUUCUUUAGGUGGCAGACCUCGAAGAGCUUCCACUGCAAUGCAACCUAUUACAACUACUCCAAAAUCAUCUAUUAGUACAAAUGCGCGAGCCUCAAAUUUGGCACAAGAAAAUAAGUCCAAUACUAAAGAUGUCAAUGAGCCAGAGGACGACCAGUUAUUUUCUUCUUCUUCUGAGUCAUCCGAGUCGGAAGAGUCAUUUAGCGAUAGUGGCUUUGGCCCCAAACCUUUCAGAAAAGGUGUCAGAGCUAGAGGAGGUCGAAGAGGUCUCACUACUAGAGGAGGUAGCAUGGCUGCUGCUCGUAGAAGAGGUUCCAACAAACACAUGGAUAGUGAGCAAGUCAGACGCUUGGAUUUGGAAAUGGCAGCUGCUGUUAAUGCCAUGAAGAGCCCCGAAAAAGAAGACAAGUCAGAGAAGCACAGUCCUGGUAAAGUGAAAAAGCCUUUGAAAACAUUUGGGGGUAAAAAGAAAGAAGAUGGACCUACACCAUCCACCUAUGUUAAUGAAUCACCACCUGUGGAGCCAAACGUUAUACAAACAACGAAUCAAGUGAAAGCAAAUUUAAUAAGUGCUAACAUGUUUAAGGGAGAUAUGAUCCUUACAAAACCAGGCCAAGAUCGAAAUAAUCAAAAAGUAGUAUACAUUCAAAAACAAGUAGCAAUGAGCCCAAAUGAUAUGAAAGCUUUAGGCAUUAAAAAGCAGGUGAUGAUUCCAAAGAGUAAAUUAAUAACGUCACAGAAUUCUAAAGUUCCUAUGGCUAAAGAUGCAAAAGCGAUAUCAUCGCCAGCUACUGUUAAAGGAGUAACAGGAAAUGUACAACCGGCAACUUUUGCUCAAACCGUUACACCAAUGGAAGUUCAAAUGGAUACAACGCAACACCAAGCACAGAUGCAGAAAACAGUUUCACCAACAGUUAUUAAAACCAAAUCAGUGGAACUCAAAAAGGAAAAGAAGAAAACUGAACCAAUUUCUGAAACUCCAGUGCAAGCUGUUGAAUCCACCAAGCCAGUGGAAAUAAAAACACCUGCUACUGUGGCGAAAAAAGUUGUUAAAAAGGAACAUCGAAAAUCCGAUCCACAUGUCGUCGAAGCUCUUGGUCCUGCUUUAUUCUCAACUCCAGAUAUAAUUCGUCGUGUGGGUUCAACUGAAUCCAAAGUUCCAGAUAGCCCAGUCACAACAACACCCACAAAUCUAUCAGCAGUUAUCAAUAAUGCAAACAUAAGUACUCCCGGAGUUAGUACAGCAAGUAUUCCCACUGUUGCAACUCCAUCUUUAAGUACUGCAAUAUCACCUAUAAAUGCAGCUGGUAUAUUGCAUGAGCCAAUGGAUACAAACAUUUCGGCGACCGAUUCUACAAAUGAUGGUCUUGCUAGACUUGAUACUAAUGCAUCUUUACUACCAGAAAGUUUAGAGGAUGAUAAAAUGGAUAGCAAAGCUGCUAUAGCAGAGUUGCUUCAACCAGCCUUAGAAGCCGCGUCAAAACCAUCUCCAUCGAAGGAAAUGCCUCCAUCAAUGGAACAAAAUAGUAGUUCAAAACAUGUUGUUUCUGAGAGUGGAAUUGAAGGUGAUGAUCAUUUAUUGGCGACGUUGGGAAUGGAAGCUGCCAAACAAAUACCAAAUGAUGAAGAGUUAUUAGCUGAAGCAUUACUGUUGCAAGAAACGCUCGGCGUCGAUUUGGAUCAUAGCGGACUGGUUGAUCCAACGCCGGAAAUACCUGAUUCAAUCUUGUCUUCUCCUAUAAUGGAACCUCCCCCAGUGGUACCGUCUACUAUAAAAGCUGCAGAGCCUAUGCCAAUUGCUCCUCCCGUACAAACUCCUGUUUCCGCAACACCUCUGGCACCUUCAACGCCCGAAAUGAAAUCGGAAUCAACAGUGAAAAAGGAUUCAAAACCAAUUCAAAUAGUGCGUCAUGGACGAGUAAUUACACUACCACCAAUAGAGGCGCCCGCAACUCGAAGUAAGAGGUUGCAAGCAAAGACUGAUAAUCAACAGCCCGACGUUGCACAAGCCAAAGUUGAAAAGAAACCACAAGUCCAGCAGCACCAUCAACAACAACUUAAAGUCAAACCAAUUGUCAUCAAAACGGAAAGAUCUUCGAGGACACCUUCUCACGUUAGUUUACAAAAACAAGACAUGAUCUACGACAUGGAUGACGAUGACGAGGAAGAGGAAGCUAAUUCUGAUUCUGAAGAUGAUCCAAAUAGAUUAUGGUGCAUAUGCAGACAACCCCACAAUAACCGAUUUAUGAUUUGCUGUGACAUAUGCCAGGACUGGUUCCACGGAAAAUGCGUCAAUGUUACAAAAGCAAUGGGUGAAGACAUGGAAAAUAAAGGCGUUGAGUGGGUUUGUCCUAAUUGUAAAACGAAAAAGAGUGAGGAGAGCAAGCCGAAAUCUACUGCAAGGAAGCAAAGGCAUAGUACGGAUUCAACAGCCAGUGAGCGUAGUCGAACUCUGUCAGUUUCCAACACUUCCACUAGUGACGGGAAAGUUACUUCCAACACUGGAAAAAAUUCAGGUGCUUCAGCGGGUGUGACACAUUGUGUGGUUUGCAAAAAGGAAGCAAGGAAAUCAAGUAUCUAUUGCUCUGACGCAUGUAUUUUGGCACAUGCCGAAAAGACGUCUACACAAGAUAAGCCAACUCCUAGCCCACAACCAGUUAAGACUCCGAAAGCUGACACGUCGAAAUCAAAAGCAGAUGUCAGAGUAGUCGUCUUUGAUAAAAAGACUGGCAACGUUUUAACAGGUUCAAAUGCUCCAACGGCGUCAAAUUUAAAAGCAUGGCUUAAGGAAAAUCCCUCGUAUGAAGUAGUUAAACCUAAUAAUGCAAAUACAAUACAACUGGGAGGAAAGACUUUCACGGCUAUACAAACCCAAGGGAUUAAGACUAAUAAACCGCUUCAGGGCAAGACGUCAGCUCAAGCCAAAAUGGUGUACUCGAAAGUAGCUGGUUCGAAACAAACAGUUCUGGCUCCGAGUACGAAGAAGACUGUACUUACGAUGGACACACUACCGGGACGAGCAACAGCCUCACCGCAGCAUCGACCAAAACAGAAUGCAGUUGUCACUCCUUAUAAGACCCCCACGUCAAACUUAAAACAAACGACGAUUAAGUCUGUGGUACAACCUAAUCAGCAGCAACAACAACAGCAAACGCCUCAAAAACCAAUUGCAGCCUCGACGCCUAAAGUCGUUUCUGUAAAGAAGCCAGCAGAACCGAAGCCGUCUACGUCUCAACAAAAACCGGUGCAAUCGCCAAAGGAGCAGAUAGCAACGAAAACUCCACCGCCUAGAAAACCUGAAACAGAACCUAUAAGAUUAACUGUGAGAAAAACUUUGGCAGAGUUACUAACAUCGCGUGUCAAAGAAGCAAACGAUCUCGCUAUAACUGAAGAGGAAAUAUCGGAGCUAGCUUUGCAGAUUGAGCUCGAGAUGUUUAAGUUUUUCAAAGAUACUGGUCAAAAGUAUAAGUCGAAGUAUCGCAGUCUUGUUUUUAAUAUCAAAGACACGAAAAAUUUAACUCUUUUCCGAAAAAUCGCCGAUCGUUCACUGUCGCCUGCUGCUGUUGUCAAGCUCAGUCCCGACGAGAUGGCGAGCCAAGAAUUAGCAGAAUGGCGCGAAAAAGAAAAUAAGCAUCAGCUUGAAAUGAUCAAAAAGAACGAACUAGAUUUGAUGGCUCAAGCCAAAUCGAUAGUCGUGAAAACGCAUAAAGGGGAGCAGAUAAUAGAAAAUGCUGGCGCUAUUGAUAGUAUCGAUCCCAAAACGUCAGUUCAAGACAUUGUUACGGCGUUAAAUAGCGGCGAUUCUAUAAGUUCUACAAUGGAAGAAGAUAAGCUAAAAGAGGACAAUCUUUUAGAUGAAUCAAAGAAGCCGAAAACUCUUGAAGACGAAAAGAAGAAAAAGGAGAAAGACCGCGAUAGAGACAAGCGACGUGGCAGAUCACGUGAUAGGGACAGCAGUCAUAAACGCGAUAGAAGCCGACAUAAACAUAGUAAAGACAGGGAUCGAAGUAGAGAUAGAAAAUCAAAGGGAAAGCACAAGGAUAGAGACCGCACGCGAGAAAAGGAUCACGACAAGAGCAGGGGCCGCGACAGGAAAAAGGAUAAAGACAGGGACAAGGACAGAAAAGAUAAGCAUAAAAGAAGUCGAAGUAGUUCAAGGAGUCAUAGUAAGAGCAGACACAAGGAACACAAAGACAAGCACAAGAAAGAUGAUGAGAAGAAAAAGGAAGGCUCUAAGAUUGAUGGAGUCGGUAUGGAAAAACCAAUUGAGGAUAGACUGUGGAGGCAUAUUGAAGAGGAGACAACGACUAAUACUCUUGAUGGCAACGAAUCUGAUAUCUCAGACAGAGAACCAAGUUCUACCGUCACGAUUAAGACACCCGACAUUAAUGAAGAGCUCGACAGGGAGAUCGAUAGAGAACUUGAAAAAGAGAUUGACAAAAGCGCUAAGCUCGCCAACGAGUCUGCAUUAGCGACGACUGCCAAGGGCUCUAUAACCGUCUGGAGAGGCUUCGUUUAUAUGGCUGACGUCGCCAAGUUUUUUGUGACUGCGCAAAAUGUUAGUGGUAACUCCAAGGAAUUCUUAGAAGGUCUACCCGAGACUUUUGAUGUUGUAGGCAGGAUAAGUCCCAGCAUUGUAUGGGAGUACCUCGCCAAAAUGAAGAAAAGCGGAACAAAGGAUAUCUUAAUUAUCAAACUUACGGCUACCAACGACGAAGAGAAGAUUCCAUACAUUACUCUUUACAGCUAUCUCAACAGUCGCAAUAGACUUGGAGUUCUAGGCACAAUAUCUUCUCAAAUCAAGGACUUUUACAUUGUACCCUUUUCACACGGUAGUAAGUUGCCGCCUGUACUACUACCGUUAGAUGGUCCGGGCUUGGAGGAAAACCAUCAACAUCUGUUGCUGGGUAUCAUUGUGGUGCAUAGAAGCAAGAAACGAGUGGUAACUAAUCCGUCGUCGUUGACACCUAUGCCUGCCAAAAUAGCCAAGAAGGAACCGCUACAGAUUGGUGAAAAAAACUACACGCCACCAGUUACAUCGCAUUUACUAGCUGGAUCAAGCAUUAAGGAUGAGAGUAUGACGCCACCAAGUUCCCCAAGGGCUAGUAUAAGUCAAGUCAGGAUAGUAACUCAGGAGGUGAAGCAGAGCUUCUCAAUUAUAUCGAAAGUAGUACCUGAGCUUUCUUCCAAGAUAACGCUUGAGUCGUCAUCAUCAUCCGACAAGAUGCAAUUAGACGACGACGAGCCUUACAGUCCAGGUGAACCUGUCGAUAUUGUGCUUGAGGACGACGAAGAUGCACUUUCAUCAUCCUCAAGUCUUAAACCUGCUGGUCUUGAUGCUGUUUCUAUCGCUACCACCACCACGCCGAUCAAGAGCCCGUCUCAGCUGCAGCGCGAGAUGGAGGAGGUCAGCAGGCAAAUUGAGGAAGAAAAGAUGCAAAUACAGAAUAUAAGCUCGUCUUUUCUCAGCGAAGCUUCAACGACUCUGCCGGGUUUGGGACUCGAUCCUCCAGACAAUUCUGAAGUCUACAGUCCUUCGGAUGCAAGGUCCUUUACUCCACCGCCUCAGGGUAUCCCAAAACUGACACAGCCAAUUUUGGAUAAAGUUUCUAAUAUCAUGAUUCCACCAAAUCUGCAAGAGAUUUUAGCUAAUGUCAAGCGACAAGAAAGUACAAAGGUGGACCCGUAUCUUCCAUCGAAGCCAAGUGCAACCUUUCUGACAACAGCUAAUUCAGCAAUGUACCAAAAUCCAGAGAAAUAUUCUCCAACGUACAGCAAAACAUCCAAUGUGAACACUGAAGUGCAAUCUUCUCCACGAAAAGAGACUAAAAGUACUUUGAGUUCUUUGAGUGAUGCUGAUUUAUGCAGAAAAGCUGAAGAAGAACUGGCUGCAUUGGCUGCAGCAUCAGCUCCAACAGUUGCAUCGAGUGUACCAUCAUCCCAGUCACCAGCUCAUUCAGAAUAAUCUCCAUCUGUAACUUCAUUUGACACACAUCGGUUUAGUGUAUAUUGCAGUGAUGAGUUCGUGAACAAACAUUGGUCAAUGUAAAAAGAAGAAACUAAUUUUUAAAUUUAUUGUCCUGCAUACAAAAGAUAGGCAGACUAUAUCUAACUCUGUGACUGUAAAUUACAGUGCGUCGGUGUAUGGAAAAAUAUUAGAUUAGCAUUAUUAUUAUUAUAUAAAUAAAAAUAAGAGUUUAAUUUUUAUGUUAUAUAAACAUUUUCAUAAAUUCUAACUUUUGUUUUUUAAUUUUUCUUUUGUAUUUGAAAAAACACAUUGUCAAGUAAAUCAGUUAUUGAACUUAGUAAUAUAAGUAGAAUUGAUAAGCAUUUCUAUUGUACAUACAUACAUACUAAGAAAUAGAUAUUGCUUAAAGGUUAAUUUGAAAACUUUUGAAGCAUUUUGUAGAAAGAAUUACUUUUUCUGAAUCCUUCGAUUAGUGUACUAUAUUCUGUAGUUAUUAUUAACAAAGUCCAGGUAACUUGCACUUAAAAUCUUUGUUUGAAUGAUUGUAUGAAUGGUAUACAAUAGCAUGAAUCAAAACAUCACUUGACAUAAAAAUAGUUGCAUAUUAACGACGCAAUAGAAAAACAAUUUUAUGUUUGAUAAUUAUAAACUAUUUACACCGUAAAUUCAAUUUCAUAAAAACAGGUCAUGUAUGCGUGAUUUUUAAUGUGUAAUAUCUACUGACUAAUUUGAAAAACUUAGUUUAUUCACUGUAAAUUGACUGUAAAAAAUUUUUUAUUUUAACUUGGAACAUGAUUAAUAAAUACGAAAAUGAAUCAACUAGA